AUGAAGUCUUAUCGGUCGAUACCAAUGAAAAUAUCAGCCAAGCGGUGGAUAAAAGCAGGGUUCUGGAGUUCAGCCACUAUCGCAACAGGAUAUACCCUUAUGAUUUAUACAACACCAAAUAAAGAAGAAAGUCUUUCACCAGCACUUAAGUCAAUAUAUGAUAAAAAUAUUGAGAAAAGAUAUUCAAGUGAAAUGAUUGAAUAUAUAAAGAAGAAUUCAUGUUCUGGAAAGUCUGGUAUGUUGAAUCAUAAUAGUCAUGAAAAUCCAUUAGCUAGAAGUAAAUGUAAUAGAGAGUAG